GUUUCGUAGAAGUUAGUUUUAGUUUAACACAAGGAAAUUAUUGAUCGUUAGCGUAAUUUCAGAAAACCUCGUUGUUGAUUUCCGAAGCAAAGCAACACAGAAGCCAAGCAACUGUUUACCGGUUUUAUCCAACGACAAUAUCUGAAUUUUCUGGGAAUUGGGUUUCUCUUGCUUUCCAUCAGACUUAUGAACCCAUUGACGGAAUCGGAAUCGGAAUCUAAGCAAGCGUGGAGUCCAUGGUCAUUCUGUUGCUAACAAGGGUCCUUUCUCAUGGGGAAUUUUCUCGUCGGAUUUAUUUUGCCAUUGCUUCUCUUAACAGCUGCUUUGACUAAUUGGAGUUUGAUUUCUCUUGUUGAUUUAAUAGCCUUCCUUCUUAUUCAGUAUUAUGCACCAAAAAUAGGUUUUCGUUUUCGGAGGCGAUUUUUGUUAUUGUGGCCCGUUAUUUUGUUUUCCCUUCUUGUUAUUCUUGGUGAAGUGGUAUAUCUUAUUAUAUGGGCAAUUAAGGGAAGCAAAUGGAGUGGAGCAAAUGCUUGGUGGGCACAUCUAACUGGUUUGAUGGUAGUCCAGUCCUGGAAAUCACUGACUGUGAUCUAUUUAUUGGUUGUACAACUAUUAGCGGUUUUUGUUGCUUUCAUUGAUAUAUAUGGAAACAGAUUUGGUGUAUUUCCAUGGCAAGAUUCCUGCUGGGGUCAUUUCUUAACUGUUCUCGAGCAGAUAGGCUCUUAUUUUAGGGUUGCUUCCUGUUUGCUGUUGCCUGCCAUUCAGCUGGGUGUGGGGAUUAGCCAUCCCUCGUGGCUUUCUCUACCUUUUUUUAUUGGUAACUGUGCAGGUCUUGUGGAUUGGUCGCUGACAAGCAAUUUUCUAGGACUUUUCAGGUGGUGGAGACCUCUUCAGCUGUAUGCUAGCUUUAGCAUUAUCCUGCUUUAUGUCUAUCAGCUUCCUAUAGAGGUCCCCAGUCUGUUUCACUGGAUAGCUGAUUUCAUUGGUCUGUUCAAAAUAUCUGGAAAAACGGAGUGGCCUGAAAUUUGUUCUGGUCUCUCUCUUGUACUUUUUUACAUCAUGCUAUCCUUUAUUAAGAGUGAUUUGGAGGAAAUGGAUUUUAUUAUGUCCAUGAGAGAAAGUAACCUGGCAGAGCAACUUCUCCCCAUAAGGCAUUCAUUUUUCAUUCGUCAAUCUAGAUCUGGUGUCAGGCAUACCAACGUUUUAUUAAGGGGAGCAGUUUUUCGGACCUUUAGUAUCAACUUUUUCACGUAUGGUUUUCCGGUCUCCUUGUUCGCUCUUUCCUACUGGAGUUUUCAUUUUGCCAGUGUAUGCGCAUUUGGGUUACUCGCAUAUGUUGGCUACAUUGUUUAUGCCUUCCCUUCUGUAUUCCGUAUGCACCGGUUAAAUGGGCUGCUUCUUGUAUUCAUUCUCUUUUGGGCAGUUAGCACAUAUAUCUUCAAUGUAGCUUUUCCACUCUUCAAUAGGAAACUUGAGAAGGAUAUGGAAAUCUGGGAGAUGGUUGGACUGUGGCAUUAUCCUAUUCCUGGAUUCUUUCUGCUUGCACAAUUUUGUCUUGGUAUUUUGGUUGCUUUGGGUAACCUUGUGAACAAUUCUGUUUUCCUCUACUUGUCUGAUGAGGGUAAUCGACCUUCAAUUGAAAACCCCACUGUAGAAGUGGAAGAAGGUACCAAGGUGUUGAUUGUGGCCACAAUUGCAUGGGGACUGCGAAAAUGCUCCCGGGCUAUUAUGCUGGCACUUAUUUUCCUCAUUGCCAUGAAACCUGGUUUCAUCCAUGCUGUAUAUAUGAUAUUUUUCUUGGUAUAUCUUUUGAGCCAUGGCAUCAGCAAAAAGAUACGUCAGUCCCUGAUUCUUCUGUGUGAAGCUCACUUUGCACUGUUAUACAUUCUUCAGAUUGAUUUAAUCUCUCAUGCUUUAGAGCAAACAGGAUCCUCAAGUAUGGAAGUUUUGCUGCAGUUAGGUCUUCUUAAACAAGAUAGUUCCUGGGAUUUCUUGGAAAUUGCCCUGCUUGCUUGCUUCUGUGCCAUUCAUAACCAUGGUUUUGAGAUGUUAUUUUCAUUCUCAGCAAUUGUGCAGCACACACCAAGCCCUCCUGUUGGAUUUAGCAUCUUGAAAGCCGGACUGAACAAAUCAGUCCUCUUGUCAGUGUAUGCCUCUCAGACUGCCAAAUACAGCCAUGAUAGUCAUUCUUAUGAGAGUAGGAUAGCAUCUUUCCUCAGUGCAGUUGGGCAGAAGUUCUUAUCCAUGUAUCGAUCAUGCGGAACCUACAUUGCAUUUCUGACCAUUCUUUUCACAGUAUACCUGGUGACUCCCAAUUACAUAUCAUUCGGGUAUAUUUUCCUGCUCCUAGUUUGGAUAAUUGGAAGGCAACUUGUUGAGAAAACAAAAAGGCGUCUAUGGUUUUCUUUAAAAGUAUAUGCUAUCAUGGUUUUUGUCUCCAUCUAUAGCUUGAGCAGUUUCCCCCGCCUUGAGAUGUGGCUGUCCAUGUUUAUAGAUCUGUAUUUUUACUUAGGCUACAACUCAAAGGCUUCAUUGUUGCAAAAUGUUUGGGAAUCUCUGGCUGUCUUAAUAGUGAUGCAACUUUAUAGCUAUGAGAGGAGACAAAGCAAAUAUAACAGGUCGGAUGAUCCUGAUCCAUUGGAUUCUGGAGUAUUUGGGUUCAUGAAACGAUUUCUGAUUUGGCACAGUCAGAAGAUCCUGUUUGUUGCAUUAUUCUAUGCCUCUUUAUGUCCAAUUAGUGCUUUUGGUUUUGUAUAUUUACUUGGCCUUGUAAUCUGUUCAACUUUACCCAAAACUUCUCGGAUACCAUCCAAAUCAUUCCUGUUAUAUACUGGAUUUCUGGUGACAUCUGAGUAUCUAUUUCAGAUGUGGGGUAGACAAGCUGGAAUGUUUCCAGGGCAAAAGCACUCUGAGAUUUCCCUUUUCUUGGGUUUCCGUGCAUAUGAGCCAGGUUUUUGGGGGCUAGAGUCAGGAUUGAGAGGAAAAGUCCUAGUAAUUGCUGCUUGCACUCUUCAGUACAAUGUCUUCCAUUGGUUGGGUCAGAUGCCAAAUCCUAUUCCAGAUAAAGGAAAAUGGGAAGAGCCUUGUCCAUUGUUUGUCUCGGAUGAAAAUGCCGUUAUGAAUGAUUCCAUAUCCAAUGAUGAAAAUAAGCCACCAUUAGACUAUAAUGUGCCAUCUGUAAAGAGAGAGGGAGUUACAACUGCAAGCACACACUCUUUCACCUCUGGUCUUACUCAAGUGCCCAACCUUCUGUCCAAUAAAACUGUUGCAGAUGGUAGUAGCACCCGAAUAUUUUCAUUUGGAUAUAUCUGGGGAAGCAGCAAGGAGAGUCAUAAGUGGAAUAAGAAGAGGAUUCUUGCAUUGAGAAAGGAAAGAUUUGAAACACAGAAGACCCUCUUGAAAAUAUACUUGAAAUUCUGGAUGGAGAAUAUGUUUAACCUUUUUGGCCUUGAAAUAAACAUGAUUGCAUUGGUUCUAGCCAGCUUUGCCUUGUUGAAUGCCAUCUCUAUGCUAUAUAUUGCAUUGCUUGCUGCUUGUAUUCUUGUAAAACGGCGCAUUAUACGUAAGUUGUGGCCUAUAUUUGUGUUCUUGUUUGCAUCCAUUCUUAUCCUGGAGUACUUUGCUAUCUGGAAGAGCAUCUUUCCUUUGAAUAAACGUAUCCCGAGUUCAACUGAUCUAUCUUGUCAUGACUGCUGGAAAAGCUCAGCACUUCAUUUUCAGUAUUGCAAGAAUUGUUGGCUGGGACUCAUUGUGGAUGAUUCACGGAUGCUUGCCAGCUAUUUUGUUGUCUUCAUGCUUGCUUGUUUCAAACUCCAUUCCGAUCGUUUUUCCAGUUUCUCAGGCUCAUCAACAUAUCGUCAAAUGAUGUCUCAACGUAAAAAUACAUUCGUUUGGAAGGAUCUCUCUUUUGAAACUAAAAGCAUGUGGACUUUUCUCGACUACCUUAGACUUUACUGCUAUUGCCAUCUGUUGGAUCUUGUGCUUUGCUUGAUUUUGAUUACUGGAACCCUUGAAUAUGACAUUCUGCACCUUGGUUAUCUUGCAUUUGCUCUGGUUUUCUUUCGGAUGAGACUUGUAAUGUUGAAGAAGAAGAACAAGAUGUUCAGAUUCUUGCGCAUAUACAACUUUGCUCUUAUUGUUCUGUCUCUCGCUUAUCAAUCUCCUUUUGUGGGUGUAUCUAAAAGUUCUGGGAAGUGUGAGACACUAGAUUACAUAUAUGAGAUGAUCGGGUUUUAUAAGUAUGACUAUGGGUUUAGAAUUACUGCAAGAUCUGCACUUGUCGAGAUUAUCAUAUUUGUGCUGGUAUCACUUCAGUCAUAUAUGUUUUCCUCCAGCGAAUUUGAUCAUGUUUCACGUUAUCUUGAAGCAGAGCAAAUUGGUGCCAUUGUGCAUGAGCAAGAGAAGAAAGCAGCAUGGAAAACUGCACAGUUACAACACAUUCGUGAAUCUGAGGAGAAGAAACGCCAUCGUAAUAUGCAAGUGGAGAAGAUGAAAUCUGAGAUGCUUAACUUGCAAAUUCAGCUUCAUAACAUUAAUUCAACUGCUAAUUGUGGUGGCACUUCCCCUGAUAGGGAAGGCCUGCGAAGGAGGACUACUUCUCUUACUUCUAAAAGAGAUUCUGCUAGUCCUGAGAAAGUUGAACAAACCCUCAGGAAACAAGAGCCGAUCAUUAGAGAUGAUUCAUCAUUUCCUUUCGAAGUGCAUGAAUCUCUGGUUAGUUUGAAUACAGAAAGUCUAGAAAAAGAAAUGUCUCCAAAGUAUUCUUCAGAAUCUCCUAUUUGUGAGAUCACUGAGAUCACACAGGAAUCAGCUGAUAGCUUGCUUUUUGAUUCUGGAAAAAAGGAGAGGGCCCAGUCAAAGGAAAACCCUUUGAAAUCUGCAGUACAGCUGAUAGGUGAUGGUGUCUCUCAGGUUCAGUCUAUUGGAAAUCAGGCAGUUAAUAAUCUUGUGAGCUUCUUAAACAUUGAACCAGAAGAUUCAGAUGCAAAUGAGAACUUCUCUUCUGAGAGUGGAGUGUGUGAUGAGAUCGAGAGCCAGAAGAAUAAACACAUUAAUUUGGAUCGUUCAUCUUCUCUGCAGUCAGACGUGAGUUCUGACACUACAAGUCUGCAGAUAGGGAGGAUCUUCUGGCAUAUAUGGUCUCAAAUGCGGUCCAAUAAUGAUGUAGUGUGUUACUGUUGCUUCAUUCUCGUCUUUCUGUGGAACUUUAGUUUGCUUUCUAUGGUAUACCUUGGAGCUCUUUUCUUGUAUGCUUUAUGUGUGAACACUGGCCCCAAUUACAUCUUCUGGGUUAUCAUGCUGAUUUACACUGAAGUUUACAUUUUGCUUCAGUAUCUCUAUCAAAUUAUCAUUCAGCACUGCAGGUUGACUAUUCAUUCAGACCUACUUCGCGAGUUAGGAUUUCCUGCACAUAAAAUCGGCUCAUCCUUUGUCAUUAGUUCAUUGCCUCUGUUCUUUGUUUACUUAUUUACCCUCCUACAGAGCUCUAUAACUGCAAAAGAUGGUGAAUGGAUGCCUUUAGUGGACGGUAAAUUCUGUAGAAAAAGUACUCUGCAUAGAGAAGAGGUUCUUCUGAGUUAUAGUUGGAGUGAAAAGGCACAGGAACUACUGCAUGUAAUAACAAGCAUGGUAAGAUUGAUAGUCAGAAGCGUCUUUAGGUACUGGGAAUCACUUACACAGGGAGCAGAGUCUCCUCCAUUUUUGGUCCAGGUGUCCAUGGACGUGCACAUGUGGCCGGAGGAUGGAAUUCAGCCAGAGAGAAUAGAGUCUGGAAUAAACCAAUUGCUUAAAAUUGUUCAUGAUGAGAGAUGCGACGGAAAGAGCCCAAAUCUUUGCCCUUUUGCUAGUAGGAUUCAUGUUCAGAGCAUUGAAAGAAGUGAAGAAAAUCCAAACAUGGCCUUGGUUGUUUUUGAGGUGGUAUAUGCCUCCCCUUUGACAAGCUGUGCAUCAGCAGAGUGGUAUAAGUCACUGACUCCAGCAGCCGAUGUAGCAAAGGAGAUUCUUAAAGCAAAAUAUGAUGGGCUUGUUGAAGCAAUUGGAUUUCCAUACCUUAUUAUCUCCGUCAUUGGGGGAGGCAAAAGAGAAAUUGAUCUAUAUGCCUACAUAUUUGGUGCAGAUUUGAGUGUGUUCUUCUUAGUUGCAAUUUUCUACCAAUCUGUUAUAAAAAAUAAAAGUGAAUUUCUAGAUGUUUAUCAGCUUGAAGAUCAGUUUCCAAAAGAGUUCGUAUUUGUCUUGAUGGUUAUCUUCUUCUUGAUUGUACUUGAUCGCAUUAUUUACCUCUGUUCAUUUGCCACUGGAAAGGUGAUCUUUUAUAUUUUCAACCUCAUUCUCUUUACAUAUUCAGUUGUAGCAUAUGCUUGGCAUUUGGAAUCUUCCCAAGAGCAUGCUGCAGGGUUUGCACUCCGUGCUAUAUUUCUUGCAAAAGCAGUUUCUCUAUCACUGCAAGCCAUACAAAUCCGCCAAGGGAUUCCUCAUAAAAGCACCUUGUAUCGACAGUUUUUGACUAGUCAAGUUUCACGAAUUAAUUAUUUAGGGUAUAGACUUUAUCGAGCUCUGCCAUUCCUUUAUGAAUUGCGAUGUGUGCUGGACUGGUCGUGUACAACCACCUCUUUGACCAUGUAUGACUGGCUGAAGCUGGAGGACAUACAUGCAAGUCUAUACCUCGUUAAAUGCGACACUGUCUUGAAUAGAGCUCAGCACAAACAAGGAGAGAAGCAAACAAAGUGGACCAAAUGUUGCAAUGGGAUUUGCCUGUUCUUUAUAUUAAUCUGUGUCAUUUGGGCUCCUAUGCUGAUUUACAGCAGUGGCAACCCAACAAAUAUUGCAAACCCAAUUAAAGAUGCAAGUGUUCAGCUUGAUAUCAAGACUGCAGGUGGGAGGUUGACGUUGUAUCAAACUACUCUUUGUGAGAAACUCCAAUGGGAUAAUGUCAACUCAGAUGUUGAUCUAGAUCCUAAUGGUUAUUUAAAUUUAUAUAAUAAGAAUGAUAUUCAGCUGAUAUGCUGCCAAGCAGAUGCAAGUAUGUUAUGGCUUGUUCCAGAUGUGGUUCAGAAGAGAUUUAUCCAGUCCCUUGACUGGGAUCUGGAUCUGGAUAUUCUUUUCAUUUGGGUACUUAACAGGGAGAGGCCAAAGGGCAAGGAAGUUGUGAAAUAUGAGAAACCUGUUGAUUCUCUGGAUCUUCCAACACGAUCAGAUGUCCAGAAAGUUCUUAAUGGUUCAACAAACAGCUUUAGGAUAUACAAUCUUUAUCCUAGGUACUUGCGUGUUACUGGUUCUGGUGAUGUCAGACCUUUGGAACAAGAGGUAAGCGCAGUCAGUGCAGAUCUCAUUAUAAAUCGGGCAGACUUUAUCUGGUGGUCAUUUCAUGGUAUCAAUUCAUCAGAUUUAAGCGGCUGUGGAGGCUUGACAGGACCCACGGCCAUCAUAAUGUCUGAGGAAACUCCACCACAGGGAAUUCUUGGUGACACAAUCAGCAAGUUCAGCAUCUGGGGUCUUUACAUAACUUUUGUGCUUGCUGUGGGUCGUUUUAUCAGACUUCAGUGCUCAGACUUGAGAAUGAGAAUACCAUAUGAAAAUCUACCUUCCUGUGACAGGUUGAUAGCCAUCUGUGAGGAUAUAUAUGCCGCAAGAGCAGAGGGUGAGCUUGGAGUUGAAGAGGUCCUUUACUGGACACUUGUAAAGAUUUACAGAUCACCACAUAUGCUCCUCGAGUACACCAAACCAGACUAGGUUGAUUUAGUUACAGUGAAAUGCACACAUAUAUGUAUCAACUUUGAUUCUUCUUUUUGCGCCCCUGAGAAACUCCGGCACACUAAUCACAUGGUUUCUGCAGAGGAUCCCUGUUUUUGAUUGAUGGAUCUUGCAUGCUUUUAUCGAUCUUCAUUUCAUCUGUCGAGCGAUAAACGCUUCACAAAUUACAACUGAAGAACUAUGGUAGUUCGAACACACAAUGACGUGCUUUGUAUUUUAUAUGUAAUUCUUGGUCUACCCUUAUAUUUGUACAGAACUGUUAAUCAUUUUAUAGAAAGGGGCAGUAUAUGUAUCUGUACUUCCAAUGAAAUUAAAUUAUUUUGUUACAA